AUGCUCAAGCCUGGCCCAAAGGUUGGAAGUGUUCACAAGAGACGCCGAAUGGAGAACCCCUUAACUCGGAAGAGCUCGCAGCCGAGCCCUUCUACAGCCGGCAAUCCAGUAACGAGGGAGGAGCUGCCCUCAAGCCCGAGAUCACCCCCCCAGAUCAUCGGCCAUGAGGACGAGAGUCUAUACUCUAAACAUAUACAGGCGGUCUCUGACCUUUGUCACAUGACGAAUGAAGAUCCGUCUCCAGCAACUGCCGACAUACUCUCUCCCACUAACACGGCUUUAGCGAGCCAGGAUGUACUCACUGCUGCGUGCGACGCACUUGGAGUUUCUCAAGAUUCAAUAGAGCAAAUGAUAGAGACCUUUUUCAGGACAUUCACCCCAUUCCGCCUCUUUCGCGAACCCCAGUUUCUCUCAAAGCUGGCCCAACUGCCCUCUGUGGUUCAAGUAAAAGCCUUACUUGCACCAAUUUGUGCUUUUGCCUGCAAAGACGCAACCCUCCUGUUUCAACAGAACCCUGAUCGAUCCAAGGCCUCCGACUUUGCAGAUCUAGCCAUCAAGUUCGUCGAUGAAGCAAUUGCUCAGUGUGGAGAUGAAGCUCCACCAUUGUGUGUCCUUCAAGCCCUUAUCUUGACCACUCACUGGGUGAUCGUCCGAGGUGUUCGUGGUAGAGCCUGGCGAUAUGUUGGUCUCUGUGUCCGAGUUGCAUUCGAACUGGGACUGCAUAUUACAGAUGUUGACGUCAGGCCCGAGGCGUACAGUAGAAGUCCGGAGAAGUGGUGUGAAGAGGAAGAACGACGCCGCGCAUACUGGGCGGUAUGGGACAUGGAUCAAUUUGCUAGUCACAUCAAACACAUCCCAAUUACGAUAGACUGGGCUCAAUACGAAGUUUGUCUUCCAGUCGAGGAUGAUCGAUGGUUUGAUGGUAGGCCCCAGCGGAGUUGUGCCCUGGCGGGAGACUUGAUCAAUCGAAGCAAAGACCUGCACGCCACAGGGAAUAAGAGCCCGAGGGCGUGGUUUAUUGUGAUCGCGUCUCUGAACGCGGAGGCGAAUGAGCUAGCUUACCCUCAAGAAAAGAUACAUCGCCGCUCGAGGGAAAGAGUACUAGCGAUUGCUGAUCGUCGACAAGCAUUGUUCAAUGCGAUCCAACUCAGCCUGAUCCUUCUCCCACAAGAACUGAGAUUUCACGGCCAGCAUCUCGACUUCGGAACACACACCAUGGGUCUAGAGCGCAUUCCUUCCGUAUUGCAUCUGCACAGUUCUAUAUAUCUGAUAGCCUUGUUGCCGGAAACAUCAAAGAUCAUUGCUCUAAGACCAUACGUCUUUGAAGCCUAUUUGAGAAAGCUUCUUACAAAGGCUCAAAGCUCGGGUACUCGAGGUGAAGAGCAGGAGUUGAGUGAAAUGCAGGAAGAAUCGGCUCGAAAAGUUGAGCAGUGUUACAAAGCUGCUGACGCUAUAUUAAACAUUGUCAUGAAUUGUCAUGAGAGCCAUUACAAAUACGUCAGCCCGUAUGUGGCGCACGUCUCGUGGUUGGCAGCGACGGUGCCUUUACUUCAGCAAGAGCUUGUGGAAGACGACUCCCAGAAACUGGUGAUCCGGUCGAGAUUUGAGAUUUUAAAAGCUACAGUCAGCAGAUUUCUCGAUUAUUGGGAGAUGUCCCAAGUACCGAAGCAAAACCUUGAUCUACUGGAACUGCGGCUAAAGCAAUUCUCGGCGGCUUCGAAAUGCCUCAAGCCUAGGGAUGCAGCAGCAGAUGCAACAGCAGAUGCAGCAGCACAGAAGCAGAGGCCACAGCUUGGUGAAAGGUCUCAAGGAGGUUAUAUAGCUCAAUCGACUAACUCUGAUUGGCUCUCGGAAUCUGAAGAAAAUGUUGCUCCCGAUAGACCCGGCAAUUUCGGCCAUUAUCACAAUCAACCCGAUGACUACAGGCCUUCAAGAAAUGCCAAUCUUCCAGAAUCCGCAUUAUCUGGGACAAGCCAAGCAUUACCACCCGACAUGAGACCAGAAGGUUCGAAUUUUAUGCAGCCUAGUCACUGGCAUGAGCUCCACAGCCAAUUCAACACAGCAUUCCCGUUGCGGGAUGCGAGUUUAGAUUCAUGGUUUGAGACUGGUAUUCAGCAGGCUCCAAAUGCAAGCACAGACUCCGACCCGUCGAACUGGCUUUCUCUUUUCAACAACGUAGAAGUGAAUGAAGAAUUGACUGAUUGGUUUGGUAGAUUCUCGGGAUGGGACCCAGCCGAGUUCUAA